GUCAUUAAUCCGCGGCGCUCCUCCGAGUGUUGUGAAGUGGACUGAGAAAGGUGAUGUAAGACUAUUAAUGACUGACUGAAACACAGAAAGCCUGCUGAAGCGACUGAGCGAGUAUAAAGAUGGCGUUUAUUAAAGAGGAGAGUGAAGACAUCAGGAUUGUAGAAGUGUUCACACUGAAACAUGAAGAUCCUGAGGAAGAAACAGGUCUGACGGAGCUGAAAGAAGAGACUCAAGAGCCUAAAGAAAUGGAGGACGCAGAUCAGCCACAUGAUUUAAGGACUGAUGAAGAAUCCACAGAAGGAGUUCAGGAAAACGAAUCUAAUUUCAAGUGCUGUCACUGCGGGAAGUGUUUCAGCAAUGAACAAAACCUUGAAAUCCACAUGAGGAAUCAGAAUGGAGAGAAACCUUUUAUCUGCAAAAAGUGUGGAAUGGGGUUUUCCCAAAACCGAAAGCUUCACGUUCACAUGAGAAUUCACACGGGAGAGAAACGUUUUCCCUGCCCACAGUGUGGAAAGUGUUUCACUGUGAAGUACAGCCUUCGAGUGCACAUGAGAGUUCACACUGGAGAAAACCCGUACACUUGUCCUGAGUGUGGAAAGGGCUUUAAACAGAAAAACAGCUUUAAUUACCACAUGAGAACUCACAAAGGUCUGAAAAUUGUAGACACGGAUUCAGUCGAAGUGGACAUCUAAAAGUCCACACGAGAGUUCCCACUGGAGAGAAGCCUUACAUUCGGCAGAAGUGCAGAAAGGGUUUCACUCGACAGCAAAACCUUCAAGUUCACAUGGGAAUUCACACUGGGGAGAAACGUUUUGCCUGCCGACAACGUGGAAAGGGUUUCACAAAUGAAAACUCCUUCAAGUACCACACGAGAAAUCUCAAAUGUUGGAUCUUUCGUCUGCCAACAGUGUGGAAAAAGUGUCCCUGCGAAACAAAACACAACACAAGUGUGGUAAAGGUGUUGCACACGGAAACUAACUAAAGGAGAUUUUCACGUGUGACACUUUUACCACACCACACUUGUGUUGUGUUGUUUUGAAAAGUGCUGAAAGGGAAGAAGCCAGAAAGGUGAUGGAGGUUAAUACUGGUGUGCAAAGACGUCCAAUCUCUUAACCGAAAUUUAUGAAGGGAUUCAGGGAAGUAUCUCAGCGAUACUCCAUUUUCAGUCCUACCUUCAGACUGUGGAAUUCCAAAUGUGUAAUAUCUGGGAAUAGAAUAUAAACUGACAAAGUUAUACAGUGUCUGUGUUCAGGCUGCCUAGUUGUAGACAUUAAUAUUUCCCAUUGGACAGGGUCGCAGAGUAAUGUAAAAGCUAAAUUCAAGGACGCUGUGCCUUUGGCUCUAUUUACACCAGUUAAUUGUGACCCAAUUCCGAUUUUUUUGCUCAUAUGUGACACAGAUCAGAUCUGUUCUAUGACCGUGUGAACACGGAAACGAUGCAUGCGUUCGGAUAUUCGGAGAUCGGUUUCAGGUCUCCUUCAUACGUGGAAAUAAAUCGGAUAUGUGACAAUGUGACUAUCAUGUAAACGGGUAGAUCGGAUUUAUUGAGGUAUUCCGUUUUGUACGUCAUUAAACUUGCGACAAUGUGGUACUACUUUGCGGUUUAAUGACGUAGGAGGAAGAGCGCGUGGAGACGCCGACGCAGUAAACAACAACAAAGGAAACAUGGAGGAGGAUAGUGGUCAGUGGUCGACGGUAGAAAUUACCUACCUUCUUGCCCUGUGGGGAGAUGAGGUAGUGGAGGACACCAUAUAUAAACCAUAGGCGUAAGCUGCGAUGAGGGCCCUUUCCCUCCUCCUCCGCCUCAAAAUCAUUUUAAAGUUUGCCGAACUUUGCACAUUUCGCUGAGCUAAAAGCAAGACAAUCUCUUCCAUCGUGGCUAGUGUGGUGCAGAUGCUAAAACCCACCAUUAUACAUGCGCAACGUCGUAAAUUGUAUGGCAAGUGUAAACACCCCUGGCCCCUGGCAAUACAGUAUGGUAAAGUCUAGAUCGGAUACGCGGCCAGCCGGAAGUGCGAAAUGCACAUUAAUAUAGCUGCAUUUUUUAAUCACACUGUAUAACAAUAACUAAUAUUUUUACAGUACUGGGACGGUUUGGUUUAGGGGUAGACGUUAAUAAAAUACAAUAAAUGUGAAAUUUAAUAAAUAAUUCUCGUUAACUUCCGGCCGCAUCCAUAUCCGAUCGAGCAACAACCGUACAGUACUGUUACCGUUAUGCUAAUGAAUUCAGGGCUGGGAAAGUCUGUCACCAGGCUGACUCUCCUGUACUGCAUUUGCAUGCUUUAAGAUUUGUGUCCAACUCUAUGUAUCACAACCCCCUAAAAUGUAUGAAAUACAGAGCAACACUGCACUAUAUAGAGUUCUUGAUGACUGAAGUGAUGAGUUUUCAAUAAAAAUCCUGCUUCGGGAAA